AGUGCUUAUGAUUUCACGUAUUUUUGCUGAACUUGUAAAAGAGGCACUUGGAUGAUGGAUUAACAAGAACAUUGAAAUUCUGUGCAGUUUCAAAUUGGAGCAUAUUGAAUUUUCACCCUAGUUCAGCAGCUCUGCUGCUCACUUAAAUACAGAUGAAUGAAGACCCCAUUCGGGAAGACACCUGGCCAGCGGUCCAGAGCUGAUGCAGGCCAUGCUGGUGUAUCUGCAAGCAUGAUGAAGAAGAGAACGUCCCACAAAAAACACCGGAGCAGCGUGGGGCCGAGCAAGCCUGUGUCCCAGCCCCGGCGGAACAUCGUUGGCUGCAGGAUUCAGCAUGGGUGGAAGGAAGGGAGUGGCCCUGUCACCCAGUGGAAAGGAACCGUACUGGACCAGGUGCCUGUGAACCCUUCUUUGUAUCUUAUAAAAUACGAUGGAUUUGACUGUGUUUAUGGACUAGAACUUAAUAAAGACGAAAGAGUUUCUGCACUUGAAGUCCUCCCUGAUAGAGUUGCAACAUCUCGAAUCAGCGAUGCGCACCUCGCCGACACAAUGAUUGGCAAAGCGGUAGAGCACAUGUUUGAGACGGAGGAUGGCUCGAAAGACGAGUGGAGGGGGAUGGUCUUAGCACGCGCCCCUAUAAUGAACACGUGGUUUUAUAUCACCUAUGAGAAAGACCCCGUCUUGUACAUGUAUCAGCUCUUAGAUGAUUAUAAAGAAGGCGACCUUCGCAUUAUGCCUGAUUCUAAUGAUUCACCUCCAGCAGAACGGGAACCAGGAGAAGUUGUGGACAGCCUGGUAGGCAAACAAGUGGAAUAUGCCAAAGAAGAUGGCUCUAAAAGGACUGGCAUGGUCAUCCAUCAAGUAGAAGCUAAACCGUCUGUCUAUUUCAUCAAGUUUGAUGAUGAUUUCCAUAUUUAUGUCUACGAUUUGGUGAAAACAUCCUAGAUGUCAUCAUGAACUUUGCCAAAUUUGUGGAACUAUUAAAUGUAUAAUUUGUAGACAUAAAGACUUGAUUGCUUUCCAGUUUAAUGAAAGCUUAAAUGUCCCUGCGAACCCACAAUCUCUGCCAGCAGAACUGGUUUUGUUCUGAAUAGUACAGAUUUAUGUGAACACAAAGCAUUUUUGUGUAAGGAACUCCUUCCUCUUAAAAGAAGUCUGUCUGGAGGGGAGUUACAGGCAAGUUUGGUAAAAGUUAAGCAAGUAUCAUAGUCUAUUAAAACUGUAAUAGAUCUUGUCCAUUUUCCCCUUCACUCUUAACACUCUUAUUCUGCUGCCACAAUGCAAGCAUAGUUUGGUAUUUUUGUUACUGCCUUUUUGAGAUAUAUAUGUAUUGAUAUCUACCUAUCUAUAUCUGUGUGUAUACAUAUAUAAUAUAUAUAUACACACGCGCGCGCGCACACACACACACACACACACACACACACUUCAUUGGCAGUCCUUUCUUUGUGGAUUGGGAUGGGGGUUAAAUAAUUUUCUCCAGUUUAACAGGAGUGCUUGUCCCAAAUCAGUCAUAUUUAAUAUAUUACUAUGUUUAUUUGAAAUUAAAUUGGGGUGCAGGAAGCACAUAGGGAUGUUCAGCUUGUUUAGAAAGUCGAAAGCUCAGAGCACCUUUUGCCUGGAGGCUUUUAACUGUAAGUCCAAAUAUGAAUCACUUCUCAGCAGUUAAUGACCCUUAAUAGACUUUUUUAAAACAGAAAUCUGUAAAAGGCUGCCUUUAAGUCUAAGCUUUGUAAAAUUUUUUGUUUACAUUUUUUAUCAUAAGUACUGGUUUUCCGUUGUUGUUUUGUUUUGUUUUUUUCUGCAAAGCCCAGGUACUUGGUCCACACAGUGUAAUGCUGGUGUAUUUUGGACGGCACAUUUGGUCUGUUAUUUGUACAAAUCAGUAAUCUGGGUUUUAGUACUUGGAUUUAAAAGGCAACUGUAUAUCAGUCAUUUGUGUGUAUGUGGUAAGUUCCUGGAAGAACAUAGUGCUUUUAUAUUAGAAAUGUUAGGCUUAAGAAUGGCGGUAUUGCCCUCUAACAAGUUCUCUGGGACACUUUUAUUUUUAUUACUGUUGUUACUGAUAACAUGAUUAUGGUCCAAAGGCUUCUCCCCCCGGCUUUUCCCCCACAAAGAAUGUCUAGACAAAUACCAGCUGAGGUCUCCUAACACCUUUGGAGGUGCUAUGGUUCUUGCUCCCAGUGUGCUGCUGAUGUGGCUUCGUUUCAUGUGGUUGGAGCCCGCCACCCCAGGGCAGUCGCCUGCGCUAGCUUGCAGAUGGGACUGAUAGCCGCCCUUAGCCACAGAAUCCUCUUGUGGCUUGUUCCUACAAGGUGGUCUUAACCAAAAAAGUGGUUGGUUUAGCAACAAAACGCCCAUCUGUCACUUUGUUUUGGAUAAGCCCUGGCGGUUUGAAAGCUGGAAGAAAGGCUGUAUGUGAAACCAGUCUAUUGUGGACACUGGAUAUCUAACCUGAGGUUUAGGCUAAACGCUCGUGCUGUCAGUCAAACACCAGAGGUCCCCGCGACCUCCGCCGUGGCCGUCCUUGAGCACACAGAUUCUGUAGUUUCAAGGUCUCGCUACGCGUGGUCUGCAUGACGCCCAUUUUCACUUCCAGGAAGGUGUGCCUUGUGCCCUUGGAUGGUAACCCCACCUACCGUGUACAUACAUGCCCUGUUCUCUGCAGUGUGCCCAGUGGGCAGCCCAGGGCGAGCUUCUCCAUGCAGUGAGUGCCCAGGUCUUAGACGCUCCUCCUGUGCUUGAACAAGUGUCAUGCUGUACAUCUGUCAUCUGUGUUCCUGGUGGCUCGUGUAAGAGUCCCUGCAUGUGAAUCUCAUGGCCAAGUCCAGCUCCCCAAGCCCAAGUGGACACGUGGCCCACAGAGUGAGUGUGUUUAGCGUGCGCACUGGGCAAACCCAGCACAGGGACUUUGGGCUGAAAAACAAAGUCCUUUGGAAGCAUCCUGAGGGUUGGGUCAGUUGGAACAUUUCUGGCAUUACUUACUGACUUGCAUUGUGGUUUUUCUGCAAGUACCUUUAGCAACUUCAAUAUCACAUGAUCUGCCACUCUAGAUGAAUGUGACAAGUGAUUAUUAUCAUUAAUUAUUGUUCCAUUUGUUGCCUUUAAGGCUGAAGGAAGGGGAAGGGGUUUUUUUGUUUUUCCAUUUUUUUUUUUCCAUUCAUUUUUCUUUUGGUGGCUUAAACCACACUUACUGAUGCUGUGACUAUUCUGCUCCCUAGCCAAGUAUUUCAGGCUUCGUUUUAGGCUCAUGUUUCAGAUCUGCAUGCAUUGCUUGCGUUUUCCUCGUAUCUGAAUGUUGGUUCCUUGUUUUAGGAAUCCAACAUUAAUUUCCAAAAUUAUCAUGGGACUUGUGACAACACAAGACAUGAAUCUCUGUAUAAAAUGUAUUGGCCUUCCUCAUUGACCUGCUAUAGUAUUAUUGUGUCGUGUGUGCGUGUGUGUGAUGUCUGGCUGCCACGUAAAGCUUCAAAGGAAAACCUUAAAAGCAGACCAUCCUUUUUUGCAUGCUCUAUUCUAAGUAGAAUGUUCAAUGUAACUAACGAAAAGUGCAUGUUAAAGAUAUUUAGGUUUUUGUUUUCUAUCUUUGUUUUUAUUUGUUUUCAGUUUUCUGUAUAUUUGCUUACUGUGCUGUUUAGUGGAUGUAGGAUAAAAUGCACUGGUGAAGCAAGUGUAGCACCAACAGAAGGUGAUUUUCCAGUUGUGUGUGUCAUGCAGCAUUUGAAGGGACUGUGCAUCUUAAAACAAUCACAGUUGCUUCUAAACCGGAUUUCAUUUCUAUUAUUAUUUUACGUGCCAAACCCCAAAGUGCAUUGGGCUUGAAUCUCUGAACGCUGUGGACCCAUUAGAAGACUGUUGUUCUGAUUGUCACAAAUUGUAGUGCCUGAAAACAUUCUUAAGCUGAUGUCUUAAAAAAAAAAAAAACAAACAAAAAAAAACUC